CCCCCUCUUCGCUGAGAUUUGGAACAAUUAAAAUGGAGAAAACAAGGAGUAAGACUAAUGAAAAGAAGUUAGGGUUUUGGAAAUGGGCAAUUGCAUCCGUAAUUUUCAGAUUAAUUCUGAUUUACUUCCCCCAAAAUCUCAAUCUCUCCUCUCGCCCGGAAGUCUCCACUCCGGUCACCAGCCUCCGCCGCCUGGCGGAGGGAUACUGGUUAAAGCAGUUAUCGAUGUCGCCUUAUGCUGUGCAGGUUCAAUGUACCAUGGAUCACCUCUAUUGCUAUCAGUUCUUGGUCCUCUUACUGCAAUAAAGAUAGAAGGACAGCCUAAUCAUCUUUUAUGCAGUUUGGUUUCAGUGAUUGCAGAUUUUAUCUGUGCCCUUCUUAUUCGUGCAACUGGACGUAUUCUUCAAACAGCACGUGGUCUGAAUUUGAAAUUUUUAGGCCUUGACACAAUGUUGGAAGACAUUGAGAUUAUGCCAUCUGGUGACAUUGCUGCUCUUGUGUAUUUAUGGAACCCUUUCACCAUAUUCACCUGUGUUGGUUUUAAUACAUCACCUGUUGAAAAUCUGUUCGUUGUCUUGUCUCUUUAUGGAGCAUCUGCAGGAAUAGUGCCACUGGCUGCUUUUGGGUGGGUUAUAGCAUCUCAUUUGUCUCUUUAUCCAGUGGUUUUGGUCAUUCCGGUGAUCCUUUUAUUAGGUUAUUGUCCUGAUACGCCCCCUAGAAAACUGUUUCUGCAAAGGGAUUUACAAAAAACUGGUGCUGAGGGAUCAACCAAGAAUCAUGUCCAACACAGGCCAUUGACAAAUAAACCAACAGAAGCAACAUUUUUCUGGUGGCGAGUUAUUCUUUUCUUUAUGUGGGCAUCCAUAUGGAUAGCCUACGUCUUAAUUUUGUGUGCAAUCUCUGUAAAAGAGUACGGCGGUCUUCCUGAGAUGUUUAAGAGGACCUAUGGAUUUAUUCUCACUGUGAAAGAUUUAUCUCCAAAUAUAGGUGUCUUAUGGUACUUUUUUGCGGAAGUCUUUGAUUUUUUUAGGAAUUUUUUCCUGAUAGUUUUCCAUGUAAACAUCCUAUUCAUGAUAUUGCCAUUAGCCAUACGGUUAAACCACCGGCCUUGCUUUCUUGCUUUUGUUUACUUGGCAAUCUCCUCAAUGCUUAAAUCUUAUCCUUCGGUUGGGGACUCAGCUCUAUACUUGGGUUUGAUGGCACUUUUUGUUAAUGAGUUAGCAGAAAUGCAAUUUUCAUUCUUCCUCUUUUGUGGAUAUGUGGGAGUAUCGCUUCUGAGCCCUGUGAUGCACAACCUAUGGAUAUGGAGGGGUACUGGGAAUGCAAACUUUUACUAUGCAACUGCUAUGGUGUAUGCUUGCUUUCAGAUAAUAUUGGUAGUUGAGAGCGUUAAUGCCAUGCUUAAUCACGACAGAAAGAUCAGAAAACUAUGUACAACUACGGAAGGUUGAGGUGUGUACCGGUUUCUAAUGUUAACAAAAUAAAUGAUCUUUUGCCAAUGUAUCGAGUAUUUCUGGCCCUUUCUCUGGUCCUGGUGCUUUGAAGACAUCACCGCAUUGCACGAGGAACUGCUGGAACUUAAUUGGCAACUGGUACAUGGUUAUUUUUUCUGGUUGAGAUUCGAUUUCUUCGAAACAUCUGGUGUGUACCCCCCUCGAUUUAUAUUCUUACUUUAUCCUUCGAAUGUGUUGUACCUAAACACAAUACACUUGGUAGAAAAGUAGUUUGGGUAGAUUUACCAGGAGGAAAAAACUUUGUAAAGAUCAUCUGUAAUGAUGCUAUCUCCCAAUCAUCUAUCUGAAUUGCAUGACCUUUUUGUUGUGGAUUGUGAUUUUCAGUACCA